UAAGUUGUGAAAUAGUAUAAUAUAAUUGCAGUUAAUGUAAUUAAAUGUCAUAGGAACAAGUUCUUUUAUAUAAUUAUUUAUAAAAAAGAAACCACGUAAGUCUCGAAGGAAGGAACCUUACAUUACGUGGCAGUGUAGCAGUUAAACAACUGUUUGUUGCUGAUUGGCUUGGUUCACACCGGUCUUGUGAGGCGUGUAGGGUGCUAUAAGCAGGAAAUGGUAAUAGUUGUUUACGUGAUUCCAAUUUAGCCACCGCGACGUAAACGGGUGUUAAAUUUGAGACACAGUUUGGAUGCAUUUGCAGAGAUAUAUGCUCAGAAUCUUGGCGUGAGGAAGAUUAUACGGUUAAACGUUAGGUAAUGGGAUUAAAACUAUCACAUGAUUUGUGUGUGUGGACAAAAAUAUAGUUUUACAAAAUACAUAUAUCAUUACUUAACAAUUACCCACGUUUAACCAAACAAUAAAUUUUAGCUUUAGUUUUGUUAGAGGAUAUAUAUUUUUCUGUUUGCAGUAAAUCAAAAUUAUUACGUAAGGAAUGCUGUUGACUGGUUUCGACGGAAAAUUCACAUGCGUGUGUCCUCCUUCAAAAGUGAGCUUGCUUACACCUUGUUAUGUUCGUGAAUCACUUGUCUCACAACAAAGACAUCGAACAUGCUCGUUGCCGAGAGGCUGUAAAGCGCAAGUUGAAGUCCGUGUAAUCGUCAUAGCUCUUGUCAUCUUACCGAAUCGGAUAUACCAGAAAUUUAUUCCUUGUUUUCGUCGAUUGCGUGCCCAUAGAUUAGCUAGUUGCAGUCCUGUGAAUAUUAGCCAAUUCUUGCCACAUCAUUGCUGAUAUAGACGUAAGUGUGUUGGCAGGCAGUGGUAAGAAGUCUCAGUAUAACAAACACAGUUUGAGUUAAAUGUUAGAGUAUUCUCUAAACAGUGUGGCUCAUUUAGCCAGAUCUUGAUAAGAAUUGUUCUACAAAGAUUUCUAACUUUCAUCAAGGACUCACAAAUGAAACUUUUUGGCACGGUACAAAGAAAAAAAAAUUGUACUCGAGUGCUACAAUAUGAGUUAGUUACAAUGGGAAUCAGUCAGCUUGUACAAAAGCUUACGUGUAACAAUUUGCAGUGUUGUAAAAUGGAAUUACCAUCUAGGCCCAAUCACAUGUGAAAAAGUUGGGAGACUUCAGUUCAUUGAUAAAUAAACCAUGAGGCUUAAACUAUAUCACUCUUCUUACGUCUACAUUUGUGCACUUGUUUUUGUGUGCCUGUGGACACAGUGCAGAUUUGAAGACAUAGAUGAUGACGAUGCUGUGGUGACCACGGAAGAAAUAGUACCGGAAGAGGCAGUUGUAAAUGAAGAAAUAAAUUAUGAGAGUCCUAAACCAUCUGGAAAUGUUUAUUUUGCUGAACAUUUUGAUGAUGUGAAUCGAUUCAAACAGAGAUGGGUUAGUUCUGAAGCAAAGAAAGAAGGCAUUGACGAGAACAUAGCAAAGUAUGAUGGCAGGUGGGAAGUUGAACCUCCUGUAAAAGAUGGUUUGAAAGGAGACUUGGGAUUGGUACUGAAAAGUAAAGCAAAGCAUGCAGCAAUUUCAGCACGGCUGGAUAAGCCAUUUAGCUUUGUAGAUAAGCCACUCAUUGUUCAGUACGAAGUAGUCCUGCAGGAAGGACAAGAAUGCGGUGGCGCGUAUCUCAAGCUGCUUUCAGCAGGAAAGGCCACUGCUGAUUUGCGCCAAUUCCACGAUAAAACGCCAUACACCAUUAUGUUUGGGCCAGACAAGUGUGGUAAUGAUCAUAAGUUACACUUUAUCUUCCGACACAAAAAUCCAGUUAAUGGAACUUUAUCAGAAAAGCAUUGUAAGAAACCUAAAGAACGCCUGGAAGAGCCUUUCAAAGACAAACAGCCCCAUCUCUACACCCUAGUGGUACGGCCUGACAACUCGUUUACCAUUACCUUAGACAACAAGGUGAUUAAUGAAGGAAGUUUAUUAGAGGACUUCAGUCCUCCUGUUAAUCCCCCAAAUGAGAUUGAUGAUCCAAAUGAUAAAAAACCUGACGACUGGGAUGAGAAAGAGAAGAUACCAGACCCAGACGCUCGAAAACCUGAUGACUGGGAUGAGAAUGCACCUGCUAUGAUUGUUGAUAGCACUGCAACAAAACCAGAAGGGUGGCUAGAAGAUGAACCAGAGAUGAUACCUGACCCAAAUGCAGAGAAACCUGAUGAUUGGGACACAGACAUGGAUGGAGAUUGGGAGGCUCCAUUAAUUCCUAAUCCUGUAUGUGAGAAAGCUCCAGGUUGUGGGCCAUGGAAACCACCUAUGGUAGCUAAUCCUGCAUACAAAGGGAAAUGGAGAGCACCUCUUAUUGAUAAUCCAAAUUAUAAGGGCAAAUGGAAACCUCGCCGCAUUCCAAAUCCUGACUUCUUUGAGGACAAGUCGCCUUUCAAAAUGACAACAAUUUCAGCUGUGGGGUUUGAACUUUGGUCAAUGUCAAACAUGAUUUUGUUUGAUAAUAUCAUUGUAACUGAUGAUCCUGCUGUUGCUGAGAGGUGGGCGGCUGAAACGUUUAUACUGAAACGCAGAAAAAUUGAUAAGGAUUCUGAAUCACUCUUCAUGCGGCUAGUGAAAUACACCAAUGAACAGCCAUGGCUAUGGGCUGUGUAUGUAGUAGUGAUUGGACUUCCCAUAGUUCUGGUGAUUGUGUUUUGUUGCGGUUCCUCAAGCAAGGAACGUGAUGAACAUAGGCGUACUGCUGAAGCAAAGAAGACAGAUGCCAUAUCUCCUGAUGAUAACAUAGAAGAAAUACAGGAACUGAAACCAAGAAACACUGUUCCAACUUCGAAGAGUGAUCUGGAGGUUCCAGAAGAGGAAGAGGAAGAAGAAGAAGAUAAAUCAGCAGCAGCAGCAGAACCAGAACCAGAAGUGGCAACUUCUGGAGUUCAGGAUGAAGGGGAGAAAACUAAAGGAUCUGAAGACUCUAAACCUGAGCAUGCAUCAGUUUCGGAACCUGAAGUGGAAAUAAUUGAAGAAGAGGAAGAAGAAAAUAAAGAUGCUGAUGGGGAAACAGCUGCAGGAGAUGCACCUCGGUCUCCAAAGAAAAGACGCCCCCGGAAGGAGUAAAUUGUCCUAAAACAAUGCAGCUGAUCUUUGCAUUACCUCAAAGUGCAGCUUCAGUUUACUGUGCUUUGUGACUGAAAGAGAAACUCUGAACAUAGAGUGCUAAUUUUGAUUGUGUUUGUUUUACAUUGUUGAAAAUAUUGUGCAGAUGUUUAUAGUUUUCAUGUAUUACUGUAUGUGUUCAUGACUGUCAGUGUGAAUCAAAUGUGGGUAACAAACUCAAUUAUUUUUAAAAAAUGCAGUUGAAAUAUUUUCGUUACACUGCUUCAGUUCUGGUCAUUUUAACUGUUUCAUUUAUGUUUUUUAUUUAUAUAUAAUUAUUAUUGUUUUCUUAAAGUUUAGUAUGGAUGUGUCGCAGAGAAUAUGGUUGAAGUAACAAGUGUGUACCAAAGUUUUUGUAGUGUUUGCAUAAUCUUGCUAUCAAUGCCUUAUAAUGCUGGAAAUCAUUGCCAGGAUAAACAUUCAUUUCAUUCCAUGCCAUUUAUUUCUACAUAAUGAUAUGUAAAGAAAUUUAAAGCUGUUAGAUAUUUUAGUUUGGAAGAUGCUGAAGAGUAUUAAAUUGUCAUUUAGUAACCUCAUUCUUCCAAUAUGUUAUACUUUUAUCCAUGUUCCAUGUAUAUUAUUUCAAAAGUAUUUAUUGUAGAAAUUUGAGGUUCUAAUAUAGAAUAAUCAUUUUGUAAGGAGAUAACGAAUAAUCGGACGUGAGCUUGUUAGAAAUAUUUAUGCAUUUUCACAAUAAAUUGAAAUAUAAUCUGUUUUAUUGUAUGUUCUCACUUAAGAACAAGUGAAGUACUUAGAAAUAAACAGUGUUACACAAUA